AUGAGUCAGAUGCAGAUAGAAAAAGUAAGGCUGAUUCGUAACCUGCAUAUGACCGAAGGGACAAAUGGUCAACCACCAUCCCCAGCAGCUAUUCACUUUUUCGUCUAUCCAAUAUACGGAGGUGAGGGUGGCGAACAAACGCCACCUUUCAUCUUCUUCACACCAUUUUUCGUUCCACAAGAAAAUCGGAAACAUGUAUCUGAAUCUACCAUGAAGAAGUUGCCGAUUAUUGAAAUCACCCAACAAGACAUCGAUGCGCAAGCAACUUGUCCAAUUUGCCUGGAGGCAUUCUCUUUAUCAUCCACCGACCAAGAGUCAAAUUCGUUGCCUCAGACUGUACGGCAAAUGCCCUGUAAACACACGUUUUGUGAAUCGUGCUUAUUCCAAUGGUUGAAAGAGAAUAAUACUUGCCCCUUGUGUAGGAAGGAAAUCGAAGCAGAGGGUACUCCGCAACAGCCGCAAAAUGAACAAACUGCUGCAGAAAGUACAACCGCGUCUUCUCAAGAAGACGUGACAAUGAACGAUGCAAGUUUAUCAACAUCAACUGACUCAAACAGUUCUUCUGCAUCGUUUUCUCAUACUCACUCUCACUCUCAUAAUCAUCAUCAACAACAAGAAGCACCCCUCAGGUGUGCCCUAGAAAGUGUUGGUUGUUGCGGUGAAUCACAGAGCAACGAAGAAUCACCUACCGCUUCUCCGUUAAUAACUUUACCACAAUGUCACCACCAAUUUCAUGCCUCUUGUCUAAGGACUUCGUUGAUCGUUGAAGGUUAUUCUUUUGAAUCGCCCAAUUCUCGACCAUUGGACUUUUACUGCCCUACAUGUCGUUCACCGGCAAUUAUUCAGAGUGAUGUUUUGAAGACACCAUCGGUGUCAUCUCCACCACAAGAACAGCAGCGACCAUCAUUACCAAUCGUGCUUCCUUUACCACCUGAUUCGGAUGUGAUGGAUUUGGAUUAA